AUGACUUCGCCAACCCCGCCUCCCCCAGACCCAGACAAACCCGAGACCUCCACGUCUACUCCAGAAAAACUGUCUGAACCAUCAAAGCCCGAAGAAUCGUCGGCGGAACCAACUCUAGCGGCGGCACUUACCAACGGCGACUGGCAGGCUAUCUUUUCGCAGCACAACGCGUACUACAUUUACAACACCGUCACCGCGCAGACGUGUCAGGUGUUGAAGGCUUCCGUCCACGAUGUGCGGUACUCUGCAGCACUUUUAUGGCGUCAACUUAGUCAACGUGUGCGGCGACAAAGGAGUGAUACAUGUGGGGUUUUCUCCGCAGUGGUUGAAGAAGCGCGUACUCUGUUAGAAUGUUUGAACAUAUUCGGAACCGCGGGCGAAACUAAUUACAACACCACUGGAGGCGGCCGACAUACAAGGUGGAAAAAGGUCGGCGAUAACGACAACGACAACGACGGGAGACGGGGCAGGAUACAACAGUUCUUUGGUAGUGGCUCUGAAAAGAGAACGGGGAUGCGAAUGUCGUACGCUGGUGCUGGAUACCCCUUGACUCUGCUCCUUAUGUCCUCCGCCAGCGCCGAAGACUCGUCUGAACCCCACCUCGAACUUCCAUUUGAUCUGGAAAAGAGGGUUCUCAAAAACAUUCUCAAAUCAGAAUGGCUACGGGAUGCACUCUCAGAAUUGGAUCUCUCUUGCGAGAAAUUAACGUUUAUUGGAAAUCCUCUCCCGAGGAAGGAUCCCCAAAGACAGAAGGCCAAGUCGCGGGUAGGAUUGAAGCCAAUGCUUCGCAUCCAGGCCACAGGAACAUUCGGUAGCACCGAGAUGGACUACCCGAACGACCGAGACGUCCUAGAAACCUUUGAUUGCGCUCAAACCAUCAGCUUCAGUUAUCGGUUCGCUCACAUCUCUCGAACGCUGAGAGCACUGCAGAGCUCUACAAAGACGUUGCUACGAAUUGACGAUGAGGGCCUGCUGAGUCUUCAGUUCCUUAUGCCGUCUCCUUCACCCAAACUAGGGAAAAGGGAUGAGGGCCCAGCGGCUUUCAUAGAAUUUCGUCAUUGGACGAUGACUAACUUGCCUCGGAGCUGUGUGCUACACAUGGGAGACGUUGAGAAGGGGAAUAGAAAGGCCAGGCAGCUGGCCGGCUUCGAUUUCUUGCAACUGCCUUGA